GUUCAUGUUGAUACAAAGUUUCCGUGUGCGCUUGAUCGGCGCGGUGAGCAACAGUUCAUUAACUUUAUUUAUUCCCGCUGAUCAGCGGAUCAAUCGUGUUCACAUGAGCGAUAGAAGACCAGAAAAACGAGCGAUUUGAAGUUUGUAGGAGUUAUAUGAGAACAGAAGAGGAAGAAUCAGGUGUUCAGCAGCAGGAUGACAGACGCUGGGAUCGUUCAGGAGUUUUCUCAGGUGUGUUGGUGAUUCCAGCGGGACUCAUGGCCUCUGGAGUCAGUUUUGACUCUGAUCUGCACCUCAUGAUCACGGAUCUGGAAAGUCCAGCUGAUGAAGAUGUGAUUCACAACUCGUUCAGUCAACUGAUUAGAGAACAGAGUCAUGACCUUCACACGGAUGGCAUGGAGAUGACCCCACUCGAGUACAGAGAUGAUGUGGGGUUUCUGGAUGCUCCAGCAUAUCAGCAGUCUGACGAGCUGCAGCAAACGGACGCUCUGAUUGGAGAACGCUGGUCAUCUGACACACUCAAAGUCCUCUCGUCCAUGCCCAGCCGUACUAUCGGUCGCAGUCGUGGAGCGAUCAUCUCUCAGUAUUAUAACCGCACGUUGCAGCUGCGCAGACGCAGACAGAGCAGACCGUCUGUCCAGCACUUCCCGCGGUCUGCGCGGCCCAGUAUCCGCGGUUUCCGCGUGGAAACGGAUGGAGUGGGUUUUGAUGAAGGAGAGAAUAAGAGGGAGCAUCUGGUGAAUAAUUUGCAGAAUCUUUCAGUGAGUGAUCGUGUCCGUAUGUUGAGGGCAAUGCCACUGAGUCUAGCGGAGAAGAAAGAGCUCAGACUGUUGGUGUUGAAUAAAGCGCAACACUCUCUCUCUCAGAAUCAACUCCCCUGCUGCAGCCAACUCAAGUAUUACAUCAUCAUUGCAGUGAGACACGGCUGGUACUACUGGCUAUCGUUCCUGUCGUCUCUUCAGUUGUGGCAGACGGCUCUGAAGCGUGUCAGCGGUCGGUUUGGGACGGGCGUCCUCUCAUAUUUCAUCUUCCUCAGAACUCUCGUCUUCUUCAACUUCUUUCUGUUCCUCGUCAUGGGUUUGUUUCUGGUGGUUCCUCAGGCUGUGAGUCAUCCGGAUCAGAACCAGAACACCUCCGUCAGGAGCACAUGGGGUCUGGAGGUGCUCACAGGAGCCGGUUAUUUCUCGCACUCUCUGCUGUAUUACGGUUAUUAUAGUAACUACACGCUUCAGACAAAGCGCAGCUGCCCUGAAUCAGUGAACAGGACGUCCUGUAGUUCUGCUCUGUCAUAUAACAUGCCUCUGGUUUACUUCUUCACCAUCGGUGUGGUGUUCUUCAUCACCUGCAUCAUCCUUGUCUACAGCAUGUCCAAGUCGUUUGGUCAGAGUUUCCGUAUCGAUAAAUCGAAAGGACUUUUGGCCAUUAAAGUUUUCAGCUCGUGGGACUUUAAAGUCAGUAAGAAAUCUUCCGUCAGACUCCAGCGGGAAAACAUCGGCACACAACUCAAAGAGCUGGUGGCGGAAGUGAACCGUCUGGAGUUGAAGUUUCCUGUCCUCCAGCGAUUAUUCCGGCGGUUUAUUCACAUGUUGGCAUGGCUCAUGUGUCUGGGCAGCACGCUGGCAUGUUUGCUCGCUGUGCAUUACUUCUCUGAAUACAUGCACAAGCAAUUGAAGAUUACCGCUAGCUCGAACACAAGCUCGUCUAGCGAUCUGUUACUGAAGGAGGCGAGUCUGUUGGCACUUCCUGUCGUCGUGUCCAGCAUUAAUCUGCUCCUGCCUGGGUUCUUCAACGCUGUGGCCUGGAUGGAGGAGUACGAUUCUCCCAUCGUGCUCAAUUACAUCUCCAUCGGCAGGAACUUGUUGUUGAAAGUGAGUGUUUUGGGGGUGCUGUGUUAUCAUUGGCUGGGGCGAGUGGCGUCAGACCCUCAGAGUCUGGGAUUACAGUGCUGGGAGAGUUUUGUCGGGCAGGAGUUGUACCGUUUCCUUCUAAUGGACUUUAUCUUCAUGAUGCUCAACACGUUCUUCGGAGAGUUUCUGUGGAGGUUGUUUUCUCAGAGAGCUCUGAAGAGGAAAAGGAAACCAAAGUUUGAUAUCGCACGGAACGUUCUAGAGCUUAUCUAUGGACAGACUCUCGCCUGGUUGGGUGUGCUGUUUUCCCCUCUGUUACCUGCGGUUCAGAUUAUUAAACUGCUGUUUCUCUUCUACAUAAAGAAGGUGAGUCUGAUGAUGAACUGUCAGGCAUCUGGUAAACCGUGGCGCGCCAGUCAGAUGACCACCAUCUUCAUCACGCUGCUCUGCUUCCCCUCUUUUCUGGGCGCUGCCGUGUGCGUCACGUACACCAUGUGGACGAUAAAGCCGUCUAAAAGCUGCGGCCCAUUCCAGGGUUUGAAUACCAUGUUCCAGGCCGGGAAAUUGUGGGUGCAGCAGCUGGCAGAGGCCAAUAAGAACCUGUCCUGGCUCAGCUGGGCGCACGCACACCUGGUGGAGAACCCGCUCUUCCUCUUCCUGUCUGCUGGCAUCUUCAUAAUCGUGAUUUACUUUCACAGUCAGGUGGUGGAUGGACAGAGGAAGAUCAUCGAGCUCCUUCAGGAACAGAUUGAAAAUGAGGGAGAAGAUAAAAAGUUUCUCAUCAUACGACUGCAACACAUUCAUGAACAGAGACGAACAGUUUCACCACGCCACGUUAGAGGAGCCAGCAAGGACUCCAGCUCUUCAUGAGUUCUUUACCAUCGGUGACGUCCAGCAGCUUCCUGUCGACCUGUAACAUGGAAACACACUAGAAAACAUGUGGCUCAUAGGACACCAGACCGAGCACAAGUGGAGAACUCUGUAAUCGUGAAAGACACGCUGAACGUCACAGUUCACUCGCUCAAACUCCAGGAAGGAUUUCCAGGCACACGUGAAUGUAGAGAUGCCAAUGUACUGUGAUUAUGUCCCGACAGCUCUGAAAUCUGUGGCUGAUGUAGAAUUAUACUGUUGAACAGGAGCAAGAGUGAGAGACACGGAGAGUUUAGAUGGUUUUUAGGUAAUUCUGUGAAAUUCACCCUUUAUUUUGGUGACGGUGUAAUAUUUAUCAUUACGAAACUUAACAUUACUGUGAACAUGACUGUUAUAUUUCUGUCCCUCUCUCAAAAACUGGAUCUUUUUUAUAUUGAGUAUUUUCAGAAAGUCAUUUUUUAAUAAACCUUUUUUAAUUAAACUUUACCUCUUUUUUUAAGUGAUUCUAUGUUUAUCUUAGUAGAAAGAUUUCAAUACAGAAAAUGCACUUUUUACUUACGAUUAUAAUGUAUAGUUAAUAUGUUUUACAAUGGCAUGCAAACGAAACGGCAAUGUGUAUGUACACUUAACAGCUCAAAACACUCAUAAAUAUGCUCUACAUAGAAUAAAUAAGCAUGUAGCUUAUGUCUGUCGUCUGUUUGAACAAAUCACAAAAUAAAAGCUGUAUAUAAAUAUUCUGCAGUCACAUGACAGGAUAAACACUAAAGUGUGCUUAUACAUGUGACCGGUUUGUCCAUAUAUCCAGUUUAUGUUCUUUUAUGCAGCUUAGUGGCGCUGUUCUGAGAAAGUGCUCGUUAUUAUUGGCACCAGCCGUCCAUCCAUCUUCAGAGACAAAAAAAGUCCCGUGUGUUUUUCCUGCAGUUCAUUGAAUGACCAUCAGAGGACGCUGUCAUCAGUC